AUCAGUCAGCAGACUGCUCUCUCUGUGUUCAGUGUGUAACAGUCCAGGAGUCAGAGUUAGGGGGAGUUUUAGGAGAGAAACAGCAGUUAGGGUGAGUUUUAGGGGAGAGUUUUGGGGGUGAGUUUUAGGGGAGAGUUUUAGGGGAGAGAUGGAGGGGGUGAGUGAGGACGAUCUGUGCUGGCUACAGCUGGAUGAUUUCAGGAUGCUGCUCAUCAAAACCAUCGAGCCCUCCAGGAUCACCCCGUACCUCCGCCAGUGCCAGGUGAUCAGUGCUGAGGAUGAGGAGCAGCUCUUCAACGACCCCGGCCUCGUCAUCAGGAGGAGGAAAGUCGGAGCCCUGCUGGACAUCCUGCAGAGGACCGGGGUCAAAGGUUACACAGCGUUCCUGGAGAGUCUGGAGCUGGACUAUCCUCAGCUGUACAGCCGCAUCACAGGGAAGGAACCCAACAAGACCUUCAGCAUCCUCAUAGAUACAGCAGGUGAAUCUGGUCUGACUGCCUAUACAGCAGAAGAUGUCAUCAUCUUCUGGAUCUCCUCAGACUGUGCCGGUAUCCUCAGAAGGCUCUGUGUGAAGAAGACCAGUCUCUGGACCUUUGCUGUUUCCAUGGCUCCCCUCUCUUCAUCAGCAAGCCACCACAGUCGUAAACUUUGGGAUGGUGGAAGCCGCGAUCCUUGCCUCAUGGGAGGCCAACAGCUGCCCAGAUCGAGUGAACACUGUCUCUUGAGGAAGCAGUUUGGCCACUUUGAGCUGGUCACAGAUUCCAUCGAGCUGACUCUCAUGGACAACAUAGAGGCCCCCUGCUAUCACAGAGACAUGCAGAUAGAGGUGGAGCGUCUGAAACACACCGUGAGACUGCUGAAACAACGUACCCUGAGGCCACUGCAGGAGAGCAGGAGUCUGGUUCUGCCCAGAGAGAACUUCUCCCACCUCAACAGACUGGAGGAGAAGAAAGAGGAGACGCAGGAGGAGAAGAAAGAGACGCAGGAAGAGAAAAAGGAGGAUAGGAAGGAGGAGACGCAGCAGAAAGAGAGUCCAGCUCCUGUUCAGAUGAACCUCCUGACGUCAGUGUUUAAACUGAGGAGAGACCUGCACCGAGCCGAGGAGCAGAGAGACAGGAGCGUGGAGGAGAAGGAGGAGUUGCAGCUGCUGUGUGCUCAGCUGAAGGGAGACGCCCGGAUGUACCGCCAACGAAACAAACAAACCCUCCGACAGCUGGAGGAGGUGAUCCGAGAGAGAGACAAGGCUCUGGCGUCGCGGACGGAGCAGCAGGAGGAGGCGCGGCUGCUCCUGCAGGAGAAGGACCAGUACCGGGAGACGGUCCGACAGCUGACAGAGCGAUCUGAUAGGCUGGAGCUGCUGCUGCUCAGCUCGCAGGGGGAGGAGCUACAGCUGAGGACACGCCUCCGCAGACUCUCCUGCAACACACACCACUGUGAGAGGAGCAGUGAGGAAGAGGAGGAGCCAGCAGAGAGUGCUGCUAAAGGUGAGAGUCAGAGAGAUGAGUUACACACUCAGCACAUUCACACUGAUGCUGAUCAAUGGGCUUCUUCAGGAAGGAAAUGGGACAUAUCAGGUGACCUGUAUCAGCUGACCUGUGUACCAUGUGACCUGUGUACCAUGUGGUUCAGCGGAGAGCGAUCGGGGGAUAACGAGGAGGUGGCAGCGCUGCAGGACCAGGACUCUCCUGGAGGAGGCCCCACAAAGUCUGAACACAGGCCCAGCACUGAUGCAUCAUGGGAUGAGAAGACAGGCAGCUGUCUGCCCUUCAGGAGUCGACCUAACUUCUUCUACCGCAGGAAGCGCGCCCUCAGAUCAAAGUUUACCUGCAGGGACUUCAACUCCAGUAACCAUGACGACAGCAGUGGCAGUGACAUCACCGACGACUCUGACUGAAUACGCGCUGCCUUCAAAAUAAGAGUCUCAAAGUC